CACAUCUCUGUGUCUCUAAGAGAAACCACUGCUGGUCCACCAGCAUCUGACCGGCAAGGAGAUUGGACCACAACACCUUGGGACACCAUGACGUCUACUAUUCACUAGACCUGGGGACUUAACUUUUUUCUUUUUCUUUUUUUUUGGAACAUUUUUUAACCAAAAGGACCUAGAAGGAAACUAUGACAAUUUGGUUAUCAUCAACCCUGGAAAGAUGUUGCAAACACAGUUCAUUUCGCCGUACGAGGACUACCCCCCUGAAGCGUUAUCAGUGGUAAGCGACGAUCAAUCGUUAUUCGAGUGCGCCUACGGAACGCCCCACCUCCCCAAGGCGGAGAUGACGGCUUCAUCCUCCAGUGAGUAUGGGCAAACCUCAAAGAUGAGUCCACGGGUCCCGCAGCAAGACUGGCUAACACAACCCCCAUCCAGAGUCACCAUCAAGAUGGAGUGUAACCCCAGUCAGAUUAAUGGAUCCAGGAAUUCCCCAGAUGACUGCAGCAUGGCAAAAGGGGGCAAAAUGGGCAGUGGAUCCGAGCCUAUAGGAAUCAACUACGGCAGCUACAUAGAAGAAAAACAUAUCCCACCCCCCAAUAUGACAACCAAUGAACGAAGAGUAAUUGUGCCAGCCGACCCUACCUUGUGGAGCACAGAGCACGUCCGACAGUGGCUGGAAUGGGCAAUAAAAGAAUACGGACUCCCAGAUGUUGACGUAAUGCUUUUCCAAAACGUUGACGGGAAAGAGCUAUGCAAAAUGACCAAAGAAGACUUUCAAAGACUCACCUCCGGCUACAAUGCAGAGAUCCUCCUGUCACAUCUUCACUACCUCAGAGAAACUCCUCUUCCACAUUUGACUUCAGAUGAUGUUGAUAAGGCCUUACAAAACUCGCCACAAUUAAUGCAUGCUAGAAACACAGGAGGUGCAAGCUUUAUCUUCCCCAAUUCAUCUGCUUAUCCGGAAGCGACACAAAGAAUCCCAAACAGACCAGAUUUAGCCUAUGAGCCGAGAAGAUCUUCAUGGCCAAACCACCUUACCUCCCAGUCUAAAGCUUCUCAACCCCCUUCUGCGGUGCCCAAAACAGAGGACCCCAGGCCACAGCUAGAUCCUUAUCAGAUUCUUGGCCCAACAAGCAGCCGCCUUGCAAACCCAGGUAGCGGACAAAUCCAACUUUGGCAGUUUCUCCUAGAACUUCUAUCGGACAGCUCUAACUCUAACUGUAUCACUUGGGAAGGAACCAAUGGCGAAUUCAAGAUGACAGACCCAGAUGAAGUAGCCAGACGUUGGGGAGAAAGGAAGAGCAAACCCAACAUGAACUACGACAAGCUGAGCCGUGCACUCCGUUACUACUACGACAAGAAUAUUAUGACUAAAGUCCACGGCAAGCGCUACGCUUACAAGUUUGACUUUCAUGGGAUCGCCCAAGCCCUUCAGCCUCACCCACCGGAGUCUUCAAUGUAUAAGUACCCCUCCGAACUGCCAUAUAUGGGCUCUUACCAUGCCCACCCACAGAAGAUGAACUUUGUUGCUCCUCAUCCGCCAACUCUACCUGUGACGUCAUCCAGUUUUUUUGCAGCCCCAAACCCUUACUGGAAUUCGCCACCUGGGAGUAUCUACGCAAAUAGCCGAAUUCCGGCUAGCCAUAUGGCCUCUCAUCUUGCAAAUUACUACUAAUUUUUUUCUUUCAAUGGGGAAAAAAGAAAAAAUCACUGUGGAUUAUAGUUUUUGAAACGACUCUGAAAGGAGAUCAUAAUGUGUUACCCGUGCCUUCCGGAAGAUGGCCGCAUAAAAUAAACAAAAAACAUUGUAGAGGUUAGCGAUGAAGACAAUUUUACUAACGAAGUUCACAUGCUAAUGAUGUAAUAUAGGAUGACAUCACAGCAUUGGACCAAUAUGUGUUUUUGGAUUUCAGUAAUGGAAUUUGAAUAGAUGAAGGGAACAUGAAAAAAAAAACUUUAUGGAAACCAAACUUUAUACAAAUACUACAGGGACUUGCAGCUUACAAAUAAACUACCUGUAUUUAAAGACGAACACACAACAACACAAUAUCAUGGCAAAAAUUUUGGUAAAAUUUUCACUUAAUGGGGAAAGGAACUGUUGGAAUAACUGUGAAGACUUCAUACAUUCCUUGAUGUAUCAAAAAAAAGAUUGAGCCAUUAUGGAGGAACCAAGAAAGUGUUCUGAAGGGACCGUAGACUAGAAGUUUAGGGCGAGACUACAGAAGGAAGAGCGGAACGUCAAGAUAGAAAAAAAAAUUCCAUAUCUGGUGAUGAACUUACAACCUUACGACAAACAAAAAUAUUUUGAGACUUAAGGUGAUGAUGAUAAAGAUUAGAAAAUAUUAUCUUGAAUGACAUAAAACUGGAAUAGUCUGAUAUUUAAAGGAACAUGCAGGACCUCAUUUUGUUCUUACAGUAUACAACACCCUAUGUUUUCCAUAGGGAUGCCAUGGCUAAGGUAGAAGAAGGGGGGUUUAAAUUUCUUUUCUUUUUUUUUUUUUACAAAAAAUAUACAUGUAUGUAACUUUUUGGGCCAAGUAGGUUCCUAUUCAUAUCCAUAUAGAAAUGCAGAAUUUUGAUACAAUAUUUUCAUACCGUUGAAUGCUGUACUACAGUUGCUUGACGUAACACGUCGACAUGGGCAAACUAUAAAAACACGGCACUGAUGACUUAAGCGAUAUCCCUCAGUGGAACCCCCAUAGAGGCCUUCUCCAGUUCCGCUGCCAGUGCUCUCAGGGUGGAAUUUAUACUCAAUGCUAUAUUUUAGUAAAGGGAGAUUGGGUUGAAUAUAAAUGAAGCUCCCUAGUUUUUUUGUUUUUUUAAAUAAGCAGGUGCCAGUUUUAUUUGAGUCGCGAACGCUGUGCGCUCGUCAGGUUGAAGUAUACAAGUCAAUGGUAUUAUUUUUCAUUUUUAUAUAAUUAUAUGUAACUUAUGCAUUUAUACACUACGAGUUGAGCUCGGCCAACCAAAGAAAAAAUAAAGAAGGGACAUUUAAAGAAAAAAAACAAAAAAACAAAAAAAAAACGACAAAAACAUUGUGGCCUUAAACUCUGUAAUGCUUCAUGUUUACAGUAUGAUCUUAGUACUUAGGAUGAACUUUGUAUGCAAUGCAAUAAGCUUGGCCUAGCAUGGCUGUUCAGAUUUAGAUUGUAGUGUGCAAUUUGCAUUUUUGUUUGUUUUUUAUUUGUUUCAUCUCUGACCAACCUCAAUUCUCAUUAAAAAAAAAGUGUUAUCUGUGGAAUUUUCAGUCACAUUUGGUACUUUACUUUAAGACCC